AUGAAAGCUUCGGUCGAAGGAUCCAUGCUAGCUGAGAGGUUCGAUGAUGCUGAAAAGGAUAAGAAGAAGAAGCGCCGAUCCAAUCGUCGAACCAAGCAGAAUCUGCAAUCAGCUUCUGAAGUAAAUGAAGCUGUUGGGGUGUCCCCAGAAUGCUCAGGAAUAAAUGGAACAGAUUCUCUAACAUCUGGAUCUGUUGGCAAUUCAAUGAAACAACUGGGUGUUAUUGUUUUGCCUCCUAAUGAGCAAGAAUUAUCUGAAGCCCCGAGUGUUGGAUCCAUUUCAAUGCCUCUUAACGAUCGGGUGGUACCUCUUGAUUUGCAAAACACGCAAAUACAUGAAGGAGGAAUUGUUUCAAAGCCUUUUUCAGAGCCCAUCUGUUGCUUAGGGUCACCGGGAACUAAUAAAAAGAAAGACUCUGUCCCUUGCAGUCAAAUUGGUGUUACUGGUGGUGUUAGUGGCCAGAGGAAUUAUUUUAGUCCACACUGGUCUGUUGAGGCUGUUGAGAAGGCAUUGGAUAGGGAUGAUGUUUUCAAAGCUGUCUUUCAUGUCAAUGCUCACAAUAGAUUUGAGGCCUACUGCAGAAUUGAUGGAGUGCCAACAGAUAUUCUCAUUGGUGGGGUUCCGGCCCAGAAUAGAGCUGUGGAAGGCGAUGUUGUUGCUAUCAAGAUUGAUCCUUUGUCAUGGUGGACAAAAAUGAAAGGACCAAAUGUGGCGAACAGCAAUACUGCAGUAUUGGAAGAUUGUAACCUUCUUGUCCAAGAUAAUGCAGUGAAUGAUAACAAUUUUAAAGGAGAAGACAAGAUAAAUGCUGAUCAAGACUCUUCUAAUUGUAGAAGCUCUUCUGGUCAAAAAAACGUGGAAUCUUGUCAGAACUCUUCCCCUUAUAGAAGUAAUCCAUUUCCUGAAAAAAGAUACAUUUAUGAGGAUAGUAAUACUACACAGGCUUCUCCUAACCAUUUAAGUUUAAUUGGACUAACUGGCCGAGAUAGCAACAAUAGACUUCCCUGUGAUGAGUCUGCUUCCUCAAAGAUUAAUUCUGGUAGUGAACAGAGUGAAGUUAUGAAUGCAGUGGAGAAUAUGUGUUUGUUGGUUAAUUCUUUCCCUUCUAAAAGACCAACUGGAAGAGUGGUUGCUGUUUUGGAGAGGUCUCCACGUCGAGAGUGUAUUGUUGGUCAUCUUAAUGUCAAGCAAUUGAUUUUUUCCCGGGACAUAAACAAGAAAGAUGCAAGAAAGAAUAAGAAUUUGGUGUCUGAGCAUGAAUAUAUCCAGCUGACACCAAUUGAUCCAAAGUUUCCAAACAUAAUGCUUCUUGUUAGAGAUUUACCAGAGAGCAUUAAUGGAAGGCUGAAAAGCGGUGAUGCAGCAAUUGAAAUGGAUCUGGUAGCUGUACAAAUUGAUGAUUGGUUUGAAGAAAGUCCUUUUCCAGAGGGUCAUAUUUUGCAAAUUUUUGGGAGAGGCAGUGAAAUUCAGCCCCAGUUAGAUGCUAUUUUGUUUCAGAAUGACAUCCGUUAUUCUGAGUUUCCGGCUAUAGUUCUAUCCUGUCUGCCACAAGUUCCUUGGGAGUUACCAUUGAAGGAAUUGCAAAGCCGAGCUGAUCUUAGAAACUUGUGUAUAUUUACUAUUGAUCCUUCAACAGCAACUGAUCUGGAUGAUGCACUGUCAAUUGAGAAGUUGCGUAAUGGAAAUUAUAGAGUAGGCAUCCAUAUUGCUGAUGCAUCAUAUUUUGUUCUACCAGACACACAUUUAAAUGGUGAUGCUCAGUUUAGGUCAACAAGUGUUUACAUGUUGCAAAAGAAAAUACCAAUGUUACCUGCAUUAGUCUCAGAAAAUAUUGGAUCACUUAACCCUGGAGUGGAUCGACUUGCAUUUUCCAUGUUCCUGGAUGUAAAUGUUAAUGGGGAUGUUGUAGACCGUUGGAUUGGUCGUACUGUUAUUCAAUCUUGUUGUAAGCUUUCAUAUGAACAUGCACAGGACAUCAUUGAUAAUGCUUUUGAUUUUGAGAGUUCAAGCUUUCAUGAAGAUGACUAUCCUAAAGUUCAUGGCCAUUUUGAGUGGCCUGAUGUUAUUACUUCUUUAAAGAGUCUCUAUGAAAUUUCAAAAGUUUUGAAAUAUAAGAGAUUUAGUAGAGGGGCUCUUCACCUUGAUAACCCCAAAAUUGUUAUCCUGUUUGAUGAGAAUGGCAUCCCAUAUGACAUUUCGUUUUCUGAACAGAAAGAAUCAAAUUUUCUCAUUGAGGAAUAUAUGCUCUUGGCCAAUACAACAGCUGCCGAAGUAAUAUGUAGAGCUUAUCCUGAAGUUGCACUACUGCGGAGGCAUCCUGAACCGAAUAUGCGUAAGCUCAGAGAGUUUACAGCAUUUUGUCAGAAGCAUGGUUUAAAUUUGGACACUUCUUCUUCUGGUCAUAUCCAUCAGUCCUUAGAGCAAUUAAAGGAAAAGCUCAAGGAUGACCCUGUGCUUAAUGAUAUACUUAUUUCCUAUGCUACAAAGCCAAUGCAGUUGGCUUCUUACUUCUGUAGUAGUUAUUUAAAGAAUAAUGAACAGGAAUGGGGUCAUUAUGCACUUGCUGUCCCUUUAUACACCCAUUUUACAUCACCUUUACGUCGAUAUUCAGAUAUUGUUGUCCAUCGGACCCUACUUGCUACGAUAGAGGCCGAGAACAUUUAUAUGAAGCAGAUUGGAAAGGAAGUUGGGGGAAAGAACAGAUGUUUCACAGGCAUCAACUUUGAUAAAAAUGCUGCAGAGUCUGUCGAAUGCAGGAAAGCUUUAUCAGCUGCAGCUUUGAAGCACAGUGUUCUGAGUGCUGGAGCACUUGCGGAUAUUGCCGAUCAUUGUAAUGAGAGAGAGAAGGCUUGUAGAAAUGUUAAGGAUGCCUGUGAUAGACUUUACAUAUGGUUUCUCCUGAAGCAACAAAAGGUCUUAUUAUCAGAAGCAAGAAUAUUGGGACUUGGCCCGAAGUUCAUGUCAAUUUAUAUUCAAAAGCUAGCUGUUGAGAGACGUGUAUAUUAUGAUGAAGUUGAAGGUUUGACUGCAGAGUGGCUUGAGGCAACAUCCACACUGGUGCUUAGCAUAUCUCCUAAUAAGCGUGCUUUUAGAAGGGGCAACAAUAAUAAAUGGAAGCCAUUGUCAGAAGCUGUAUUGCUUGCUUGUCCGAAUGACCUGAAAGUUAAAGUGGAUAAUUGCAAUAAAAAUGAAGAAAUGAAAGAGGAUUCUAUUGCAUCUGACAUGAACAAGCAGCACGUUUCCAGAUCUGACACUGAAAUUGAGCCUUUGUUUUUUCCACUCACUGUGCAACCUCUUUCAAAAAUUCCAGUUGCACUUCAUGCUGUUGGUGGUGAUGCCGGGCCUCUUGAUUUCGGUGUGAGGCUUUACAUGAGCUCUUAUUUUGGAAUAGUGUAUAGUGACAGACAUAGGGACCUUGUGGGGUAG